AUGUCGGGGAAGUUUGGGAACAAGACAAUGGCCAAGUUUCUUUACAACAACAGCUUGUUUAAUGUUUAUGUUAUCGGCGGCAACAGAAGAGUAAUGAUAAAUUCAGUUGAAUUGGGAAAAAGGAUGUUGCAAGGGAUGCUUCCCCGGAGGAAAAUGUUUCUUGUGUUGGACGAUGUGAAUAAACUGAACCAGUUGGAUGCUUUGUGCAUAAGUCGUAGAUUUGUCAAGGAAGUGCUUCAGGUGGAUCAUGUGUAUACAAUGAAUUCAAUGGAUGAGAGUGAAUCUCUUGAACUUUUUAGUUGGUAUGCAUUCAAGCAACCAAUUCCAAGAGAAGGUUUUGCUCACAGUUCCAAAUGUGUUGUUGAGUAUUGUAGAAGAAUACCAUUACUUCUUGAAAUCAUCGGGUCCUUUUUGUCCAAUCCAAGUAGAAGAGUGUGGGGUACGGUUCGGCAUAAACUAGUAAAUUGCGAGGGGAUAACGAAGAUACUGAGAAUAAGUGUUGAUGAUUUAAGCGAUGAUGGUGUUAGAGAAAUAUUUCUUGCGAUAGCUUUAAACUUAGUUGGGAUGGAUCGGGAUGAAGUAAUUCAGAAAUUAAAAGACCGUGGACAUUCUUCAGAAAAUGGAAUAGAUGUCCUUGUACAACGAAGACUUGUAACCGUAGAUAGCAAGAACAGGAUUAGAAUGCAUGGUUUAGUACAAGAUUGCGGAAGAGAAAUUAUAAGGGAAAAUUCAACGGGUAUGCCUGAGGAAAAUGGAAUGCAUGUCCUUGUACAACCAAGAUUUGCAACUAUAGAUAGCAAUGGGAUUGGAUUGCGUGGUUUAGUACAAGAUCGCAGAAGAGAAAUUAUAAGGGAAAAUUUAAGGGGUAUUUCUGAGGAAAGGAUCUAUGAUGUGUUCUUGAGUUUCAGAGGGGAAGAUACUCGUGCAAGAUUCAUUUCACAUCUCUAUACCUCUCUUCAAAAUGCUAGAAUUAAUGUUUUUAGAGACGAUAAUGAGAUUCAGCGAGGUGAUCAGAUCUCGGUCUCACUGUUGCGAGCAAUUGGGCAGUCUAGAAUUUCUAUUAUUGUAUUGUCUAGUAAUUAUGCAAAUUCAAGAUGGUGUAUGCAAGAGUUGGAGCAAAUCAUGGAAUGUGGAAGAAGCAGGGAUCUGGUGGUUAUACCAGUGUUCUAUGAGGUAAAUCCCUCAGAAGUACGACAUCAAACCGGCAAAUUCGGAGAUGGUUUUGAAAAACUCGUCUCAGGAAUCUCAGUGGAUGAAGAUGAGAAGAUGAAUUGGAAAACAGCGCUCCUUGAAAUCAGUGGCAUAGCAGGGUUUGUCCUCAUAAAUUCCAGGUGA